AUGGCCACUUUCGAGGAUGAUGAUUUUGUUACUGGAGAGUCUGGAGCUUCAAAGACGGAGCCAAAACAAUGUAGCUCAUUGAGAAAAGGUGGAUACGUCGUUAUAAAGGAUCGCCCUUGUAAAAUUGUGGAAAUGACGACCUCAAAGACUGGGAAACAUGGCUCAGCAAAAGUGCACUUAGUGGCACUUGACAUCUUCACUAGCAAGAAGUAUGAGGAGAUAUGUUCGUCAUCUCACACUAUGAAUGUACCGAUCAUCACACGCAAAGAAUACCAAUUGAUGGAUAUAAAGGAUGGAUUCUUGACACUUAUGGGUGAUGAUUUCUGUGUAUUUGAAGAUAUACCUCUUCCUGAUACUGAUGUUGGCAAAGAUAUUCAAGAUAAAUGGAAUUCGAAGGGAGAUUCGGACAAUGUGAUUGUUUCUGUUGUUACUGCUAUGGAUGAGCAACAAGCUCACGCAGUUCGUACUUCCUCAGAUAAAUAG